AUGCCUUUAAUUAGGUGGUUAAGUUGCACUGUGAAUAUCAUUGGAGCUGUCUUCGUACUCAUCACAACGACAGUGGUGUUAACAUUAGGAAAAAAAGAAGAUGGAUUUUCUGGAUUAGUUAUUGUGUUCUCUAUGCAGAUAGCCGAGUACCUUGUUUUGCUAGUUUAUAUGAGUUCGGUGCUCAAUGUCGACAUGCUGGCUUUUGAUAGAUUAAAGGCAUUUUCAGAAAUUAAGCAGGAGUCCGAAUGGGAGGAUCCAAUAAAUGCUCCCCCAAAUUCAUGGCCAGAUUCAGGUCUAGUACAUAUUCAGAAUCUCAGUACAGCAUAUGGAGAAGGACUGUACCCUGUUCUUCACAACAUAAGCAUCGACAUCAAGCCUGGUGAAAAAGUCGCAAUAAUUGGUAAAGAAGAUUCUGGAAUGCACACUUUAUUAUACUCCCUUUUUCGAUUUAUCGAGCCUUCAGGUGGUGAAAUCAUAAUAGAUAUAUUUGACAUCAGUAAAAUAGGUCUACGAGAUUUGAGAUCUAGAUUGGCCAUCAUACCACAAGAUACUCUAAUUUUCAAUGGUUCAGUGAGACAGAACUUGGAUCCUUAUCAAGAAUUCAAAGAUGAAGAGAUAUGGUCCGCUUUAGAGAUUGCUGAUUUGAAGGCACAUAUUUCAAGUCUUGAUAGUUCAGUUGAAAGGAAGAUGAGCAAUGAAAAGAAAAAUUUACUUUCGAUUGCAAGAUUG